AUGGGCAGAACGCGACGGAAUGUCCGAUUUCAGCAUCGGUCCAACAGUGAGGUUUCGAAGAUAAACUCAGACUCCGAUGUAUCGGAACCCCCCAGCCCCCGCAAAGACGGAAGCGGCGGAAAGGGGGAGGUGUCCCACGAGAAACAGGAGCAUCUUGGCGACCAGAUUUCCGAGUACGAAAAGAAGAAACAGACUUUUAUAACUCGAACGAUAUGGACCUUCGUGAUGAUCUUUGGGUUCUUCGUGUCCAUGUUCUCCGGCCACAUCUAUGUCAUUGCAAUUGUCACUGCUAUCCAGAUCAUAUCCUUCAAGGAGGUUAUCGCCAUCGCCAAUGUACCCAGCAGGGCCAAAAACCUGCGGUUCACCAAGGCCCUCAAUUGGUAUUUCCUUGCGACGACGAUGUACUUCCUGUACGGAGAAAGUGUGAUUUACUAUUUCAAACACAUCCUGCUCGUUGAUCGAGUGCUUCUCCCGUUGGCGACACACCACCGGUUUCUCAGUUUUAUGCUUUAUCUAAUAGGCUUUGUGUUUUUCGUCGGCUCUCUUCAAAAAGGCCAUUACAAGUUUCAGUUUACCCAGUUCGCAUGGACUCACAUGGCGCUUUUCCUUAUCGUCGUUCAGGCACAUUUUAUCAUGAACAAUAUUUUCGAAGGGAUGAUCUGGUUUUUCCUUCCCGUGUCGCUUGUGAUAACAAACGAUAUCUUUGCCUACGUUUGCGGAAUCACCUUUGGCCGGACGCAACUUAUCAAGAUUUCACCUAAGAAAACCGUCGAAGGUUUCGUCGGCGCCUGGAUUUGCACGAUCAUCUUUGGUUUUGUCAUGACGAACAUCCUUCUUAAAUACAAAUACUUCACCUGCCCCGUGAAUGACCUUGGCUCGAACGUUUUGACCGGCCUGGAGUGCAAUCUCAAUCCCGUCUUUCAGGCGCAGCCAUACCGAUUGCCUCACUGGACGCAUGUCAAUCGAACCUUUUAUAUCGCGCCGAUGCAAUUCCAUAUUCUCAUGUUCGCGACCUUCGCAUCCCUCAUUGCUCCUUUUGGCGGCUUCUUUGCUUCUGGCUUAAAACGCACAUUCAAGAUUAAGGACUUUGGCGAAUCAAUUCCCGGACACGGCGGCAUCACGGACCGUAUGGAUUGUCAGUUCAUCAUGGGCUUUUUCUCGUAUAUGUACUACCAUAGUUUCAUUGCGGUGCACAAAGCGAGCGUUGGUGGUGUCAUCGAGGCCGCUAUCACUGGUUUGACCGUGGACGAGCAGAUUGACGUUAUCAAGGGAUUGACGAAAUAUCUAUAUAAUCAGGGUGCUGUGUCGGAAAAGCUCCUGGAGUGCUUCAACGGAGAUUUCAAGCUUCACAGAUGA